AUGUCGAACCUUAUUGUCCGUGCGAAAAAAGAAGUGCUGCUUGCCACCAAUUUCUGGAAGGCUUCGGGAGCAACGACCCUCAUCACCGAUGCUCUCCUGGAGCUCUCCAAACGGGCGGGGGCUCGGAAUGAGAGAGUGGUCGUCAAGCUCAUGUAUGAUCGUGGCAGCUUGAAGCAGGUUAUGGACAAUCACCAAAACGUUCCACCAUCGGGCUGGAACGCCUCUGGAGUUGGCCUUCCAUCGCCAGACAAAAUUCCCAAUGUCGACCUGGCCGUGGUCAACUUCCAUCGCCCACCCCUCGGCACCUUCCACUGCAAGUUCAUGGUUGUUGAUCGCCAGGUUGCCACGGUGUCCAGCAACAACAUUCAAGACAACGACAACCUCGAGAUGAUGUCCCACCUCGAAGGCCCCAUCGUCGACUCUCUGUGGGAGACUUUCCUCGUGUCCUGGCACAACAGCCUCACCCCACAUCUCCCAUGCCGUGACACGCCUGCCGCCGGCAAGCCCGCCCCAUCUUACCACGAGGACGCUUUCAACCACCUGUUCGACGCAAGCGGUGCCUUUCGCAAGCCGGAAGAGCCCUUCCAUGAAUCUCUUCCUGAGCACAUGCCACACGAUCCGCACUACGAUGACGACAUUGCCGGCGAAAUCAAUCGCAUGCGAUCUGUCCUCAACCCGCAAGCCUCGGAGAAUCACGCUGAUGCAGUGUGCCGGCACCUCAACAAGCCAACUGGCAUUUCUAUCAAGUCCACUGCGCCCAGGGAUGAACCGAAUCUCCAUUUCUUCCCGUUCAUUCCCGUGCCCAAGACGGAUCCACUCCCGAUGGCGAUGGCCUCACGCAAGCCCUAUGCCAACCUCAACAACGAGUCCGUCUUCGUGCCACAGAAUGAAGCGUUCCUCUCUCUCGUGCGCAACGCUAAGCGCACGGUCUUCAUCCAGACACCCGACCUGAAUGCCAAACCUUUACUUCCGGCCAUCAUCGAAGCCGUUCAUCGAGGAGUCGAAGUGACGUACUACGUCUGUCUGGGUUACAACGACACCGGCGAGAUGUUGCCUGGCCAGGGCGGAACGAACGAAGUCAACGCCAAUUACCUUUUGAAGCAGCUGACGCCGGAGAACAAGCAUCUUCUAAAGAUCUUCUUCUACGUGGCUGCCGAUCAAGACCAUCCGAUUCACAACAGCUUCAAGCAGAGAAGUUGCCACAUCAAACUGCUCAUUGCCGACGAAAGCGUCGCCGUCCAAGGCUCGGGCAACCAGGACACCCAAAGCUGGUUUCACUCGCAGGAGGUCAAUGUUAUGAUUGACUCGCCCAUUGUCUGCAAAGCGUGGCGGGAGGGGAUUGAGAGGAAUCAGAAUACUGCUCUCUACGGUCGCGCGAGUGAUGAUGGAUGCUGCUACGACAAAGAUGGGAAGUUGGCUCCGGGUAGCUACGGACUGGACGCUGGAGGGAUAUCCGGAUGGGCCAAGGGUGCGGUUGGCAUUCUCAAUAAAGCGCAAGGGAAGUGA